CUCCCUCCUCACACAGUCAACCAACCUAACUUCUCCCCUUUACUUUAUGCCAACCCAGUGGAGUAGUUGGUAUCGGUGUUAUUCUUUCGCGAGAGCCACUCGAACAGAACAGGAUAUAUGCUAAUUUCAGUGGUGGCUUAAGGAAUAGUCCAAUGAGCGUCUUCAUUCACUCUAUGACGGCACCACACUCUAAUUUUGGUCGUUUCUAAACUCACUUUUCUCAGAAAGGUAAAAAAGAUAAAACGCAAAACAAAAUUAAUUAUAUGUAUAUAUAGUUAUUCCAAAAUGUUUUUUCACCACACUCUUAUUCGGAACAUAAGUGUUAAACAACAGAGAUCAAGGUAGAAGCCGAUCACACUUUCUUUCCUUCUACCUUUUUCUCUCUCUGGCUUGAAUUUCUAUUACAAACUCUGAACGAAUGAAGAUUGUCUUUAUUAUCAAUUGAGAGAUGCUGGUCGAUGACAGUGGAGGUGGAGGUGUUGUUGUCAACAGCUCCUCUCCGACAUCGUCUUUGGCAUAUUUGCAAAGGGUCGACGACAACCCCUAUGAAGCGUUACCGUCAACUGCCAGAAAUGUGACUCACAUGAUGGCAGGUGCUGCUGCCGGGAUUUUGGAGCACACCGUUAUGUACCCGAUCGACUGUAUCAAGACAAGAAUGCAAGCAUUAAGGCCUGAUCCACAAGCUCGAUACAAAGGUGUCGUCGAUGGCUUGUACAAAAUGUUACACUUAGAAGGCUUCCGAAAUACAGUCCGGGGAAUAAGUGCAGUUGUUGGUGGUGCUGGUCCAGCCCAUGCUAUGUAUUUUGGCUGUUAUGAACAUAUAAAAUGGAAGAUGAUGAAGAGUGGUGGUAACCAGCAGCUGGCAAAUGCUUUUGCCGCUUGUGGAGCAACUCUUCUGCAUGAUGCUGUAAUGAAUCCAGCUGAUGUGAUUAAACAAAGAAUGCAAAUGUUCAAUAGUCCAUAUCGGAACUGUUCUCACUGUGUUUUUGUCAUUUUAAAACAGGAAGGUGUGCGAGCCUUUUAUCGUAGUUAUCCAACUCAACUAACUAUGAAUUUACCCUUCCAAGUGAUCCACUUUAUGACAUAUGACUAUACACAAGAUUUAUUUAACAAGGAACGUAAAUAUGAUCCUAAAUCUCACGUGGCAUCUGGUGCAUUAGCUGGUGCCUUAGCAGCCAUUCUUACAAUGCCUCAGGAUGUCUGCAAGACUUUACUGAACACUCAAGAACAUUGUGCAAGAAAGCACUCACCUUAUAUCUCAGGUUUGGCUACAGCUUUUCGAACUGUUUACGAAUACCGCGGAGUCCGUGGUUACUUCCGAGGUGUUGUACCUAGAGUCAUAUUCCAGAUACCAGCCACUGCUAUUUCGUGGUCUGUAUAUGAAUUUUUUAAGUUUUUCAUCUCUCAAAAAACAAAUGAGAAGUAUUUUAAUUCACAGAAAGUUAACCAGAUUCCAGUUCAUGCUUCAUCAAGGUGAUAAACCUGGCCAAUAACUACAUAAACUAAUCUUUUUGACGAGAGAGAGUGAAAGAAAGAGAGAGAAAUAAUAAAGGUAACAUCUGUCUGCAAAGUUUUAAAAACACUGAUGCAGGAUUAUCAUUUAUUUGAAUAUUUGGCUAGCAAGAAAUCAUACUGUUGAUUUUUUUUUUUUGGAUUUUUUUUUUUUAAUGAGCAAAAAAAGUAUGCAGCAACAACAGCAACAAUAAAAGGUCUUGAAUGAAUUUCUAAAUUUUAAAUUAAAAACAAAUACUCCAUCUGUUUUGGGAAAAACUAUGUAUACUUAUAUGUACAUAUAAAUAUGGAUGUGUGUAUACUUACAUAAACACAUGCAUGUAUGUAUAUACACGUCUACUUAUGAAUGUGCAUGUGUAUGUAUGCGUACAUAUGCACAUAUCUGAGUGUGUUCGAAUUAAUUUAAAUAAUUUUUUUAAAAAGUUAAAUACAUAAAAUAUAGAUAAUACACUUCUUGCCUUAUUGUUUUCUGGGUCAAUGUUUACCAGUUCUACCAUUGUAUUCACAUGUAUGGGUAUGUUUUACCUUAUUAAAGUUGUGUUAGUUUAUAUACAUCUGCUAUAUUAUAUGUAGCUAUGAAACAUUUCUAUAAGGAUACCAAAUUUAUAAAUCAGUUAAAAAAAAAAAAAAAUCCCCUAAUACUGCUAACUAGUCCAUUGCUCAUAGUCUAAUUAUUCAUUGUAUUAGUCCAUGGUCCAACUCCUUGUUUUACUAGUCCAUGGUUCACUUACUCACUCUCUUAGUCUAGUCAAACACUAACAAGAGAGUUGUUAGCUAGAAAUAACAACCAACCCUCUCAAACUACACAUUAGCUUUUUAAAGAGAGAAGGAUGUAUUGAAUAAUGUCAUCUUUUACUUGUCUGGGAAAAAGAUAAGUUGAAAGUUGGAAUGCUGAGCUGACCCAAGGCUAAAUAAGAAUAACUAGUCUAAUUACUCAUUAAUUAAUUUUUUUUCCUUAUUUAUAACUUGAGGAGAUAUUUAUGUGUGUGUAGAAUGUUUAUAUGCAGUAGGUUUACAUGGUGUUGACUGUUUGUAAGGGAAAUUUUGGCAAAAUGAAACUCUAUCUUCAAGAAAUGGACUAGUUACAACAUUCAGAUUGCUUCAGCUAUGUUUGUGUUGUUGCCAUACGAGCAAGCAUCUUGUAGAACAUGUCCUUACACAAAUCAUGGUUUGUGUGCUGUUGCUCUGGUGUAAGGUAUUGGCAGAUAUUUGUUAUGAUAUGUAUCUGUUGUGGUUGGCUUGUUUCCUUGCACAUGGCUUUACUGUUUCCUGCUGUGCCUCUGUUACAUAUCUUCUUCACUUCCUUGGAGGAUGUGGUGGCCACCUGCUGCCAUUGGAAAACAUUUGAGGCGUAAGAGCUACUACUUGAUUUUGUUGUGGUGGUCACUGAACAGGUGUUUGGCUGGCAGUGAACACUUGACAGACAACUGAUAAAGACCAAAGUAAUCCAGUUGUCCAGUUAGAGUAGAGGAUUACAUAGCUGGCCAAGUCACAUAUAGAUGCACUAUGGUUUCUGUUAGUACUUUGUAAAAUGAAGUAGCAGACAACCUGAGCUUCACUGAAACCUUACCAGACAUUCUACCCCUUUAGCAGCUCUGCAAUCUAGUGCAGUUGGAUCUAUCAAAACAUCAGACAUCAUCCCAAUCUGCAGUGGGGGGUGAAGAUAAUGCUCACUCUAUACAGGUGGAUGUAUUUUUGCAUGCGAGUGCAUGUGCUGAGUCUUUGUAAUUUCUCAAAAGUGAUAUCUGUCAGUUAUUGGUGAUCACUUUCGUCAUGCCUCUUGGACACAGCGUUGAUCAUACUCUAACAGAGUAUGUAUACUAUUCUCUGUACAAGUUUUGGGUCUGAAACCUUGGAAACAAUGUUGCAUGAAUCUCUCAAUUUGUUAUGGGUAUGUUUAUCAUGUGCUUCAGGGAUGAUUCAAUUGGAAACAACUGACUUAUAUACUUUUUGUUAUAUCAGAUCAUUUACAAUAAUUAAAUGCUGAAACAUUUGUUCAAGCAUUUAAUGGUCAGGUUAGUUGAAAAUAAUGACUUAUUAAACAAUUGUUUAUAUUUAUUUGGUAUAAAUGUCAUUGUUUUCAAUGAACUUGAGAAUGGUCUUCUCAGAUAAAGGAUUGUUCCAAGUAUUCAAUAUAUACACAUUUCUGCAGAGACUCAGUUAUAUUUACCUGUCUCCAUUACUAUUGUGUUCAUAAGUCAAUGAUGGAUCCUGUACAUGGUUGCUUGGCUUGCUAGAUAUAACAGCCAAAUCUCUCCUAAAAGAUAGGAUGGUCAGAGUUGGGUGCCUUUGAUUAUAAGGUUGUUUGACUUGGGGCUAAUUAACAUCCACUUUUUAUACUUCUUGAUAAAAGCCUGCCAUUAAAUUAGGGCAAAACUUGACUCAUUUUGUUACUUGUUCUGUAUCUGACAUUCAAUUUUGUAAAUUAUCUUCUGAAGACAGCUUCUACUUCUUUUAUUUCUGUAUCAUUUAGGUAAUCUCGUUAGCUUUCUAUGAUUCUUUUUUUUUUUUUUCAUACUUUUCUUGGAUUGAAUAGUUUUUACACAGUUGAAAAAUAUUUGAAUAGAUUUUUAUUUUUAUCACUAGAAUUUUAUAAAUUAUAUGGCAGUGUCUAUUCUUUGCAAUAGUGCUAAUUUCUUCAAAUAUCAGGUCUUAGGAUAUGCCUAACUUUACACUCCUUGUGAUAUGUUUAAGUGUAUAGUCCUUCAUUUAACUUAAGUAAAUCUUGAGAUAAUAAUAUUUUUAAAAUUCUCCAUAAUAUAAAGACAUAAUGUGAAAUGCUAUGUCAUUCUGAUUGGAUUGAGUAGAUAAAAAUGAAUGUUGCACAUACUACACACACACACAUACACCCUCCCUUGCAGAGAGGCAGGUACCGUUUUUGUUCAUAUCUAGUUUUGCCCAACAUUUCAAUGUGUUUAAAGAGUGAGUCUGUGAACGAAACCCUUUUGUUUGUUUGCUAAAUAACUUGCUCAGAUAAUCCUCUGCUUUGUGAUCUGACAUUUCACCAUUGUUUUAACUCUCUUAUAUCCAAUGUCAAUUUGUUGCAUAUGAAGUUUAGGGGAAGAAGUGUGGGUGAAAUAUUAAAAAAGCAAAAAAAAAAAAAAAUUGAAACAUCUAAUAGAAUUAUUAAUUGUUAUCAUUUUCUUGUUCAAAUUUUACUCUCGUUUGGAAGUUUAUUUUUUUUUAAUAAACACUCAAGAUUCAAGGAAUUAAA